UUGUUGUAGCGACGAGGCUACCUUAUUAAGUGUACACUGGUUUUAACAAAAAAUUCCAAUAAGAUUGAUUAACAACAAUUUAACAUAAUAAAAAAUAUGAUAACAGAUGCAGUUGGAGAGGCCAUUGAUGAAGAUAAUGAUGAAAACAAUGAGCUUUUACAAGAAUUGCAGGAAAAUAACCAGGACCCGGAAUUUACCCGCUUAACAGAAAUGGUUCGCCAGCACUAUUUGAAUUAUUUGGAAAAGCAAUUACAAGAGAAUUUGUUAAAUUCCAAUAGCAACAAUAAUAAAAAGAAUGCCUUGCGCCGGCAGGACUAUGAUGAUGAGGAAUUGUGUAAAAAGUCAAUUAGAAAAACAGCAGAGCUGUUGGAGGAUAAAGCCGUCAAAGCAUGUAUGAUAGCAAAGUUUUAUCAAAGAGCUAUGGUGAAAAUUAUUGCAAUAGUCCGGCGAACAACACAAGAAAAACGUUUAUUUACACAUUUGGAGAAAUGCAUACAAAAUAAAGUUAGCUCUAAACCAUUAACAACCUCCAAAGAAACACAAACAGAAGCUGGUCUUCUAGGGGAUGUAUGUCCACCUAAUGACGCACCCUUAACACAAAAUACAACCUUUCCAUCUGAUGACCCUGAUCGAAAUAAAAUGUCUUUAGAUGAGAAAAUCGAAAUGUUUCAAAAACAUUUACAAAAAGAAAAAUAUUUGGAUAUUGUUAAGAAAUAUCCUUUAAACAAUCAGACACCCAAAGUGUCUAAAAGACAACAACAACAACAUCAUCGUAACUAUAGGCGUCACAAUAGGCAGCGCAGUGAACAGCAUGCAAAGCCUAAGCAGGAAGAAGUUUUCUUUAGUCCUACAUCAUCUAUUGUAACAGCUCCCACUUCACCCAUUUCACCUGCAGUACAGAAAACACCUUUAGACACAUGUUUAAUUGAAGCGGGAACAGCAUCCCACGAAGUGGAAAAUGAGAAUUCAAAUGAUAGUGUUGCUGUAGAAUUGGCACGUCUAUUUAGCGAGGAAAAAACUGAAUUGGAUGAAAUUUUUGGCAUUGAUCCGAAUGAAGAGCCCGAUGAUCCGCAGAUUUGUAAAAUUCUUAAAGAAAUUGAAGAUGCCAAAAUCAAUCAAACAACCAAAAGCCAUAAAGAUAGUGUUAUAAAUACUAAAGAUAAUCCUGAACCAACCGAGCAACAAGACAAUAACUGUCUUCUGGAACCGAAAGAAAUAACUCCACAAAACUGUCAAGAUUUAUUCAAGUCUAUAGAUUUAAGUAAAAGCAUUUGGCCUUGUGAACUAUUUAUGCAGAGACGAAAAUUAAGUGAAUCAUUGGCACGUCUUAUCGAAGAAGAUCUGCGUUGGCAUGAUGUAAUGAAAUGGAAAUUUGCCCAACUGUUUGGUGAAGACAGCGAUGAUGAAUUUACACCCUGCAGUCCCAGCAUAGAAUUAGAUGAAGUCCUUAUAGGCAGCUGUAUUAGACGAAUUUCGCCUUGGGUGGUGCAUCAUCUUAUGAAGCCCAUGCGUGAUGGUUUAAUUGGUAAUCGUUUCCUGUUUAAAAAAUUGGCAAAAAGUUUGGCUCGCAGUAUUAUUAUGGAAAAUCAAUAUCCGGAUGAAUCAAUAAUUAAAGAUUGUGUGGAAACAUUUUUCUGCCUGCAUCAGGCAGUAAUGUCAAUGGAAGAUUUGAAUUUAGCUAUGUCAUAUUGAAUAUUUUAGUUAUUAGAAUUUAUAUUAAUAAAAUAUAACUUAUUAAAGUUAUAAGUUAAAAAAUUAAAACAUGUAAUUGUACAGAAUUCAAAGUUAAUGUUUUUAAUUUUUUAAGAAAUGUUUAAUGGGGAACUAACAGACUAAUACUUUAUUAAUAAAAAAAAGGCUUAAUUAAGUUUUCAGUGUAAAUCGUAUAACUUUAAAACGUUAACAGAUAUUAAGACGUGUGUUUGAUCAUAUUGAAGAGUGAAAAUUAAGCUAUUCCACAAAAUAUUUCAUUAACGCCUUUUGCCAUUCGAUUAUGUUAUUUUGAGGUUUUAUUUUCAAAGUAAUUAUAUUUUUAGAAAAAAGUGGGCGUGGCAAAAUAUAUUUUCAUCACUUGAUAGCUUAAUACUUUUACUAACAUUUCACCAAAUUUCAGCUUCCUAGCUCUUCAAACAUCGAAAAUAUAGCAAAUUUUCCAAAAACAUGUUGAGAACGCAAAAAUUUAAAAUAAAAUUUGCAAUUUUUUUGUAAAGUAUUAGGCGAACAUAAUGUGGUAGUAGGUGAAUUCCUUACAACUAUUUUAUUCAAAUUAAUAUAUCUCAUAAACUACUGUAGAUAGAAAGAUGAAAUUUUUUCCAUGCUGUAGAUAUGGAAUUCGACUAUAAAACAAAGUAUUUUAUUAAACGCCCAAUGCCACGCCCACUUAUUCUGUUUUAUUGGUUUAUAUGAAAAACCUUUAUUUUUUAGGAAAAAUUGGUCAGAGCCAAAUAAAUUUGGUAGCACAUGAAAGCUGAAAUUCCAUUCUACUAACGCGGAAACUUUCAAACUAUAAUCUUUUUUAAUUAUGAAGUUAUGAAGGUAUACACAUUACAAACACAUUAUUAAACGAAAGAAACUUUAAACGUUAAAAAUUUCCCGUAAACUAACAGAUGAAAAGAUAUGUUUAAUACUUACUUUUUAUACAUUCGGUGAAUAAACAAAAAUAUCGAUUUGUUUUAGUGUUAUGAUUACAAUAAGAGUUUUCCUUUUCUUUUUGUUUUUUUUUUUAUAAUUAUAUAAAUUUUUUAAAUAGUUAUAAUAUUAUAUUUAUUUUAAUAAACGAAUAUUAUGUUGUUGUUGUUGUUGCAACUGCUGCUGUGCACGCACAUGUUGAGAUUUUAUGAACAUAGAUCGUCCAAAUGUUAAAAAAUAAACGAAACUAAAGAAAACAUCAACCAUCAAUUGCAUCUAAUUAAAAUCAGUUCCCAAUGCGAAACAAUUAACGUGAAGGGAUGAAACAUAAUAAAAAUGAAUCAAAAAAACAUUAUUUUUGUCAAAUGGAACUAAGAGAAUUCAGGCCAAAUUGAUAGUUUCGUUUUAGACGGUGUUUUUUUUUCUUGAUGUUUUUUUCUUUUUUUGUU